GGGUGGGAGGUGGAGGUACGUUCCAGCUCCAUUCACCAUUUUGUAGCCCCGGUCUUCCUUGUGAGUGACCGCAAGGCAAGGAGCAGUGGGGGGAGCUGUGAGUGACUGUGGCAGGCUGUCCUCCCCGCAGCUCGGCGCAGAAGCCCAGACUAAAAUGAGCAAUGAAGCCAGCCAGGAAGCCCAGCGGCAGUGGGAACAACAGGUCCCUCCUAAGCGGGAGGGCACGGGGCUCGAAGCGGCGAUACGGCGAGGAAGGCGACGAGUCAGCAGCAAUCAGUGGCCCUGCAACCCCCAGCACCACCACCACCUGCACCAGCACCACCACCACCACUACUACCUCCACCACCAGCAGCAGGAGGGUCCAGACCAGGACUGAGAGCAGGCCCCGGGCAGGGAGGGGCAGAGGGGAGGGGGGAGAAGAGGAGGAGGAAGGUGUAGGCGGAGGAGGAGGAGGGGGAAAAGGGCCCGAGGGAGCUUCCAGCCGCAAGACGGCCACCUUCAAGAGCCGGGCGCCCCGCAGGAAGGCAGUGGAGGAGCUGAGUGGGGUAGAGGAAGGACGGGAGGACCCUGGGGGGAGCGGAGGUGGAGAGGGUAGCAGCAGCAGCGAAUCUUCUGUCCCUCCACUCCCAGCCUCUUCCCCUGAGCACCAGCCCCACCUUCCUGACCCCUGCCCUGCUCAGAGCUCCUCUGGGACAGAGACAGCCAGUGAGCAUUCAGCUGGAGGUGAGGAAGAUGAGGAUGAGGAGGAGGGGGUGGAGGUGAGGGAGAGGGAAGCAGGCGAGGGACCCCGGGGUGUCCCAGCUCGCAGGAACGGGGCCUUCCGCCCCUCGACCCUGCGCCUUGGAGGAGCAGGGGCUGAAGGAGAGGGGGAGGGAGGGUCGGAGCCUGUUGGUGGUGAGACGCCGUCAGGCCACCCACCCCUCCCUUCUGGCACACCCCUCUCCCCUAGUGUCCGGAUCUGCACCCGACCCUCACACCACCCACCCCCCUACCGUGAGGGCCCGGUCCCUCCAACUUCCUCUUCCUCUUCUUUGGGACCCUCACCUCCCACCUACCGGGUCCUCUUUGAUGCAUCGUCGGAGCCACGGGAGGCCUGGCUGGGCCCAACCUCCCUGCGCCUUCCGAGGGGCCCCCCUCCCCUCCCUGUCACCUCACCCUCUUCGUCCUCUGCCACAGCCCCUCCUCCACCACCGAGAGGGUCCCGCCCUUCGCCUCGCCGCCGCUGCUGCCCGGAGCUGGCGAGUCCGAGCCCCACCUGCGGGCCCAGUGAGAUGGCCAGCCCGGGGCCCCCCUCGUCCCCCUCACCUUCCCCCUCACACUGUCGGCCGCCCCCUCCCCAGGAGGCCCCCGACCCCAGAGUGGGGGGCUGUUCCUCCUCUGCCUCCUCCACCUCGUCCUCCUCGGCGGUAGCGCCCCGCUCCCGCACCCCGCUCUCUGCCUCCUCCCCCUCUGCUGCCUCCUCUUCCUCCUCCUCGGCCACCGGCACGACGGCCCCCCAGUCGCAGCACAAGUACAGGAAAGGGGAUGUGGUGUGCACGCCCAACGGGAUUCGCAAGAAGUUCAACGGGAAGCAGUGGCGCCGUCUUUGCUCCCGGGACAGCUGCAUGAAGGAGUCUCAGAGGAGGGGCUACUGCUCCCGCCACCUUUCCAUGCGCACCAAGGAGCUGGAGGGGGUGGGCGGGGCGGGCGGAGAUGGGGGAAGGUCCAGCCACGGGCCCCUGGAGGGCAGCUCCGAGUACGACUGGGAUGAGACGUCCCGGGACAGUGAGGCCAGUGGUUCGCGGGCUGAGCCCCACCCCCGGCCGCCCGCCGGCGCCUCCUCCGACCUCUCCAGUUUCAACUCGGACGAGUGCGAGGCAGCCAACAUGCUGGUGUCGCUGGGCAGCUCGCGGUCCGGCACGCCGGGCUUCUCGCCCGUUUCCAACCAGUCGCCCUUCUCGCCUGCCCCCUCCCCCUCCCCCUCCCCCCUCUUCGGCUUCCGGCCGGCCAACUUCAGCCCCAUCACCGCCUCCCCCGCUGUCCAGCGCGUCCCCUGCCCCUCUGCCGCCUCCGCCUCCUCCUCCUCUUCGUCGUCCUCCUCCUCUUCCCGCCGCCGGCAUGCCAGCACGCCCAAGGUGGGCGGGGUGCUAAGCCCGGAGGGAGCUCCCCAGCCACUGCCCCCGCCCCACCACCAUGUCCACCACCACCACCAGCACCGGCAGCCCAUGGGCAUCCAGCCAACCGUCCAGACGAGCCUCACCUUCACCGUUCCUGUCAGCCCGGGGAGGGGCAAGCUGCGGGCCGAGUGGUCUCAGACCGGAAACCCCGCCCCCUCUGAGCCACCACUGCCUCCUUCCUCUUCUUCCUCCUCCUCUUCCUUCGCCCGCCAGCCCUCCCCCCGCCUCCUUCUCACCCCCUCGCCCUCAGCGCUCAGCUCCGACCCCCUCCCUGCCGGCCCUUCUGUACGCAGGGUCCCCCCUGCCCGGCGCGACUCCCCUGUCAUUGUCCGCAACCCCGAGGUCCCAUUACCCGCCCGCUUCGCCGAACUCCCUGGGGCCCGGAGCCGGGGUGGCGGCGGUGGGGAGCAGAAGCAGCAGCCCCCGCCCCCACCGCAGCAGCAGCAGCAGCACCCUCCCCUCCUCAGCAGGACCCCCGCCAGGGGCGCGGGGGGCUGCAGCAAGACCCCGCUCCAGGCCCCCGUGCCCAUCAAUGCCAGCCGCGUCCCGGGGAUGGUGCGGGGGGCCUCGCCGGGGCAGCCCGCCCCCCAGCUGGGCGCCCCCUCCCACCAGGAGACACCCUUCCAGCCGCUGGCCUUCCACCCCUCGCCUGCUGCCCUCCUGCCCGUCAUUGUGCCUUCGCAGGACAGUGAGACCAGCCACCCAGCGCCCAAGAAGGAGGUCAUCAUGGCACGACCUGGCACAGUGUGGACCAAUGUGGAACCGCGCUCUGUACCCGUCUAUCCCUGGCACUCUCUGGUUCCUUUCCUGGCUCCCAGCCAGCCGGAUGCCUCGGUACAGCCCCCGGAGGCCCAGAAGCCCACCUGUCCAGCCGGCUCGUCCAAUCAAGUGAAAGAGCCUGUGCAGUCGGCGCAGCAAGCUUGUGUCCCGGCAGAGUCGCCCCGGGAGCCUGAGAGACGGGAGGAGGCAGGCGGCAGCCCACCACGGGAAUCCACUGAUGGCCUAAGAGCACAGUCCCACGUCGAGGAGAUGCAGGGGCUGCCCAGCCAGAGAGGAGACAGUGAGACGGAGAGUGACCAGGAUGAGGCGUUCCUACCCAAUGCCGGGUUGGAGACGGUCUGCCUGCCUCCGGAGAAGCGCCGCACCAAGUCGCUCAGCGCACUGCCCAAGGAGAGGGACUCUUCCUCUGAGAAGGAGGGCCGCAGCCCGCACAAGCGUGAGAAGGACCACAUCCGGCGGCCGAUGAACGCCUUCAUGAUCUUCAGCAAAAGGCACCGGGCACUAGUUCACCAGCGGCACCCCAACCAGGACAACAGGACAGUCAGCAAGAUCCUGGGCGAGUGGUGGUAUGCCCUGGGACCCAAUGAGAAAAAGAAAUACCACGACCUGGCCUUCCAGGUGAAGGAGGCUCACUUCAAAGCCCACCCAGACUGGAAAUGGUGCAACAAAGACCGAAAGAAGUCCAGCUCCGACGUGAAGACAGCCCUCGGGGGUCCUGGGACCCUGAGGUGCAAGGAGCCACGGGAACGCAGCAUGUCAGAGACCGGUGCGCUCUCUGCCACAGCAGUGUCGUCGGAGCUGACGUCAGACUGCCAGGACCCUUCAGGAACAGACUGCAAACCCAUCUCCCUGCUGAUGAACCCUGAGGGCGGCCAGCACCCUGGGGUGGGGAACACCCAGCUGACCCGGCCCCGCGCCUUCUCCCACAGUGGUGCACACAGCUCGGAGAAGUGCGAGCGAGACACCGAGGUGCUGGAGGAGCUGGCGCAGAUGUGCGUCAGCCCGCUGCCCUAUGCUGGGAUGCGAGGGCCACACCCGGCCCUAGGGCCUCGGGGCUUCAGUCCCCACCCGCCUGGCGAGGCCACCCCCUCGAGCUGUCCCCCCCGGCAGUUCCGCUCACAGCGCACAGCCAGCGAGGACAUGACCAGUGAUGAGGAGCGGAUGGUCAUCUGCGAGGAGGAGGGUGACGACGACGUGAUGGAGGAGGCAUUUCCUGGGGACAUCGACCUGAAGUGCAAGGAGAGGGUGACGGACAGUGACAGCGAAGGCAUGUCAGCUGAUGACGGAGAGUCCAAGACUUUUCCACCAGUGAUCCGCAGCUCUCCACAGCCGGGAGUCCGGGCGCCAAGCCAUGGUGACACAGUUGUUCGGGAACCCUCCGAGGCCGCAGCGUCUGCAUCUGUGACCCCCUCAUCCUCAUCCUCUUCCUCCACCCCAUCCCACAGCCGUGAAUCCCGUGGCCCACACGGCAUCCUGCCUCCCCCUUCGCCCCAGGAGCGUGCCAGGGAGGGGCGAACACCUCCCGGGAAAGAGGGAGAGCCCACCCGCCCCCCUUCUGGCCACUCGGUCAUUGCCCCACCAGGUACUGAGAGGCUCUCAGCUCCCCGCUGCCCCAAGGCCUCAGCGGGCGGAGGGGGGGCCACAGUGUUACGGUCUGUCGGCGGCCCACCCCCUGCCUCAGAGCCUCCUGCCUGCCUCCCACCAGGCCUGGGCUUGCUCUACCCCCCCGAGAGGAGGCCCCCGCCCCCACCACUUGCCCCUUCCCGGGUCCAGCGGGCUGCCCCACCUUCCUUGCAGCUGGUGGCCCAGGGCAGAGGCAGCCCCAAUGGGACCCUGCCCUUGGGGGUCCUGCAGCCCCAGCCCCUGAAGGGGGGAGCAGUGGCCCAGCUACAGUACGUCCUACCCCAACCACAGGGGGUGGGAGGGGGACGGUCUGUGGUCCCCGUACCUGUUCGUGCCCAGUCAGGGUGCACUGGCCUCCAUUUCGCCCUUCCUCCCACCAAUGGCAAGCUGCUACCCCCGGCCUCGGCCUCAGCGACAGGAGCUGUCCCGCCCCAUCAGGGCAUCUCCAUCAUCCAACCCACCCCAAUGGGCAGUACCGCAGGGACUCCGAAAGCUCAGUCGAUGUCCCCGGUGCCAGCCCUGUCACCCAUCAACACGGCUCAGGUGCUCCAGCCGCCAGCGCUGCUCCCGGCCCCCAGCCCCGUACAGGGCAAGGUGCUGGUGGCCCUGCCCUCGCCUCAGGUCUCUGUCCGCGGGACUGUGUCAGGGGCCGUCCACAUGGCCACUCCGCCCAUCACCCUGCACAACGGGGGGCAGCAGGGCAGCAAGAUAAUACAAAUUGCUCCGAUCCCUGUGGUGCAGCCACAGAUCACGUCACAGCAGCCUGCCAGCUCCGUGUCCCACACCAGCUACACGGCCGCACCCACUGCUGCUGUGAUGGCAGCAGGCAGCCACCCGCCGAAGAUGCUGCUGCCGACUUCAACCAGGAUUGCCUACAUUCCGUCCAGUGGGGGUGUGCAGCCGGCUGUCCCCCUGGUGACCUCGGUGUCCUCCGUCCAUGGCACCCCCUCCCCCAGCAGCAGUGCCGCCUUCAGGCAGCCGCCCGUAGCCCUGGGCUUCACCACCAUCGCUGCCGACGGCUGCACCCUGCUGCAGCCCCUGCUGACAGGCCAGUCUCCAGUCCUGACCACUGGCCCCCUCCCAUCUGUGCAGCCUCCAGUGGCCAUUGCCUCGGUGAAGCCAGGUGCUCCGGCCUCAGCCAGCUCACUGCCAACCACCAUCCUACCCAAGGCGGUGGUUUCGCCUGCUCCUCCUGCCCCAUCGACAUCAGCCGCUCCAGCUUCGUCCCAGGGACCAGCCACCUCACUCCACACUGGGCUGACCAUCCCUCCACAAGGGAAUCUGGCCUUUAACCUGCGACCCCAACCCAUUCCGAAGCAGGCAGCCAAGGCCAAGUCCGGCCCCCCGAGCCUUCCACCAGCUGGACUUGACACGCCAGCGUCCGGACGAGGAGCGGGGAAGCAGUCAGUGCCGGAGAGAGAGGACGGGCGGCCUGAAUCGCCGCGGCCGGAGGAGGGAUCACAGCUCCUGGGGUUGCUGGGCCCUGAGGAGGGGUUCCCCAGGGAGGAGCGCCCACCCGGCGAGGACAGGGGCCAUGGAGAGACUGGGAUGGGGGUCCCAGCCAAGGGCAGCGGCAGUCCUACCGCCUACAACAGCAGGUCCACUAACACCGAGGUCAUGGUCAAGAAGGAGCCUGCGGUGAAGUACGCAGGCAGCGGAGAGUGGCGGGGCUCGCUCCUGGACAGCCGAGGGGAGGCACCCAGCACUUCCCAAACCUCACCUGCCUCUGGUGAGCCCGGGAAGGCUGCAGCUCCCCCCUCUGACCCCACUGAUAAAAAAGAACCUCCCAAGAAGGUAAAGGUCCGGCCGCCGCCGCUGAAGAAAACAUUUGACUCUGUGGACAACGUGCUGUUGGAGGUAGACUUUGAGGAGCGCUUUGCCGAGCUGCCCGAGUUCCGGCCCGAGGAGGUGCUGCCCUCGCCCACCCUGCAGGCCCUCACCACCUCGCCCCGCACCAUCCUUAGCAGCUACCGCAAGAAACGCAAGAAUUCCACAGACCUGGACUCCUCAACGGAAGACCCCAUCUCCCCGAAGAGGAAACUGCGCCGUCGAUCUAGCUGCAGCUCUGAGCCCAACACGCCCAAGAGCGCCAGCCGGGAGGGUGACAUCUUCACCUUUGACAGACCCGUGAGUCAAGGAUCGGAUGCGGACGACGUGCUAGCUGACCUGGCGGACAAGGUGCCCUACUCCUCGCUGCGGCGAACCCUCGACCAGCGGCGUGCCUUGGUCAUGCAGCUGUUCCAGGAGCAUGGUUUCUUCCCCUCUGCACAAGCUACGGCUGCCUUCCAAGCUCGCUACUCGGACAUCUUCCCAACCAAGGUGUGUCUGCAGCUGAAGAUUCGCGAGGUGCGCCAGAAGAUCAUGCAGACGGCCACGCCCAGUGAGCAGCCGCUGCCCUCCUCGCCCUUCCCGGCCUCCCCCUCUGCCCAGCCCGGCCCCGACGCACUGGGCCGCCACGAGGAGGAGCCCUCAGCCGAGACGGAGGGGCCGGGGCCCGAGUCCUCGCCGGAGCACAGCUCCCCCAGCAACCCCACCGCCAGGUGACUGCCCAGCGGCCCACCCCCACCCACC